AUGGGCUCUACUGAGAACGGUCACUCUACUCACCGGUUUGGCACCCUUGCGGUUCACGCCGGUGCUCCUCACGACCCCGCCACCGGCGCUGUCAUUGAGUCGAUCUCCCUUUCUACCACCUUCGCCCAGACCAGCGUUGGCAACCCCGUCGGCCUGUACGAGUACACUCGUAGCGCCAACCCCAACCGUGACAACUUCGAGCAAGCCGUCGCUGCCCUUGAGCACGCCAAGUAUGCCCUCGCCUUCUCCUCCGGCUCCGCAGCCACCGCCAACAUCCUCCAAUCCCUCGCCGCCGGCUCGCACGUCGUCUCCGUCUCCGACGUCUACGGCGGCACCCACCGCUACUUCACCAAGGUCGCAGCCGCCCAUGGCGUGCACGUCACCUUCACCCCGACCAUCGAGCUGCACAUCGAGGACCUGAUCCGCCCCAACGAGACCAAGCUCAUCUGGAUCGAGACCCCCUCCAACCCCACCCUCGGCCUGGUCGACAUCGCGGCCGUCGUCGACAUCGCCCGCCGCCACGGCAUCCUCGUCGUCGUCGACAACACCUUCAUGUCCCCCUACGUGCAGAACCCGCUCGACCACGGCGCCGACAUCGUCGUCCACUCCGUCACUAAGUAUAUCAACGGCCACUCCGACGUCUGCAUGGGUGUCGCCGCUUUCAACUCCGAAGCCCUCAAGGAGCGUCUCUCUUUCCUCCAGAAUGCCAUCGGCGCCGUCCCUUCGCCCUUCGACUGCUGGCUCGCCCACCGUGGUCUGAAGACCCUGCACCUGCGCGCCCGCGAGGCGACCACCAAUGCUACCGCUGUGGCUCUCGCCCUUGAGGCUUCUCCUCACGUCAUCUCCGUUAACUACCCCGGUAUCGACUCCCACCCGCACCGCAAGAUUGCCCUCAAGCAGCACCGCAAUGGUAUGGGUGGUGGUAUGCUGAGCUUCCGUAUUAAGGGUGGCCAGACUGCUGCCCACAACUUCUGCAAGUAUACCAAGGUCUUCACACUGGCUGAGUCUUUGGGUGGUGUUGAGUCCCUCUGCGAGGUCCCCUCUAGCAUGACUCACGCUGGUAUCCCCAAGGACCAGCGUGAGGCUGCCGGUGUCUUUGAUGACCUUGUCCGCGUCAGCUGUGGUGUCGAAGAUGUCGAGGAUCUGACUGCUGAUGUGCUCCAGGCUUUGGAGUUGGCGAUUGCCUCGAACUAA